CUCAUCAACCACAGACUUUUCUUCACUUCUCUUCUUCAUAAAACAAAACAUGUCAAAACCCUAACAUAGUAUCCAACAUCUCAUCCCAAAAUCCCUAAUCUCAAUUUCUCCAAAAUGGCAACAACCGAAGCCCCAAAAUUCAAAAACUCCGACCUCAUCCCCAUCCCACAACCACCAGACUACCACCCAACAACCACCGUCUCCCCCACCCACGACGGCCUCCACUUCUACCAGUUCAUGAUCGCCGGUUCCAUCGCCGGCAUGGUCGAACACAUGGCCAUGUUCCCAAUAGACACCAUUAAAACCCGUAUGCAAGUUCUCGGAUCCUGCCCCAUCAAAUCCGCCGGCCUCCGUCAAGCCAUUCACUCCAUCCUCAAGUCCGACGGCCCCGCCGGCUUCUACCGUGGCAUCGCCGCCAUGGGCCUCGGCGCCGGCCCAGCCCACGCUGUUUACUUCUCCAUGUACGAACUCUGUAAAGAAACUUUCACAAACCCUAAUAAUAAUAAUAGUUAUCAUAAUUCUAUUGGGCAUGCGGGUGCGGGUGUGUGUGCAACGGUGAUGAGUGAUGCGGUGUUUACGCCGAUGGAUAUGGUGAAGCAGAGGCUGCAGUUGGGGAGUGGGGGGAGGUAUAAGGGGGUGUGGGAUUGUGUGAAGAGGGUGUUGAGGGAAGAGGGGUUUGGGGCGUUUUACGCGUCGUAUCGGACUACGAUAUUGAUGAAUGCGCCGUUUACUGCGGUGCAUUUUGCGACGUAUGAGGCGGCGAAGAGAGGGUUGAUGGGGGUGUCGGAGGAGAGUGUGAGUGAUGAGAGGUUAGUGGUUCAUGCUACGGCGGGUGCGGUUGCGGGGGCGUUGGCGGCUGCGGUUACGACUCCGCUUGAUGUUGUUAAGACUCAGUUGCAGUGUCAGGGUGUUUGCGGAUGUGAUAGAUACGCUAAUGGUUCUAUCAAGGAUGUUUUAAAAACAAUCGUCAAAAAAGACGGUUACAGAGGGCUUUUUAGGGGAUGGAUGCCAAGAAUGCUUUUCCAUGCACCAGCAGCCGCCAUCUGUUGGUCAACAUACGAAGCUGGGAAAUCGUUUUUUCAAGAAUUAAACAAUGAAAAUGACAGAAGCUAGCAUGAUAACCCAAUAAUCGACCUUUAAUUUUUCAUAUUGUUGUAUUUGAGAAAUACUACUGCUCACAAUAGAAGAAAACAAACACAGAUCGAGUUCUUCACGUCUCAGAUCCCACGUGUUUCCAGCCGUCGUGUAUUUUUCUGAGCUUCGAAUCGAACACUUUAUCUGGUGACGGUUGAUGCAAAAGAGAAGUUGCGGUUUUGGUUUCGUGUAGGUAAUUGUUCAAUGGGAUAUGGUCAUGAGAUUAGUAGCUGAGUAUUUGUUGUUUGAUGAGUUUAAAAAUUAUUUAUCCAGAUAUUAUGGAGUUAUGUCAUAAAGAUUUAUUAGUAAGUUUUGUAGGUGCUUUUUUUGUAAUUUGUUGGUUACUACUAUGCUAUUUUUGAAGCUUUGAUAAUGUUGUUGAAACACCUUUUAGUUGA